AUGCCGGCGAAUUACUUCUACGAUCCGGCCAGCGACGAAGAGCUCGAAUUCGACGACCAUGAAGAAGAUAGUAGUGAGGAAGACGAAGCAGAAGAGCGUACUGGUCAGACGGAAGCUGGAGAGGAGGAAGGUGAAGACGACGAUGACGAAGAAGAAGAUGAUGAGGAGCCUACAGGGAAAGGAAGUGCUGAUGCACAAUCUCCUUGGGAUUUCGCACCUUAUUCAAGCUCCGUCGGCGACGAACACGCCCGCCGUCACACAACGUCUACCGACGAUAAGAUCUCCAAGCAUCGUCGACUUCCCAUCUCCGUAGAGGAAGACGAAGAAGAAGAAGAAGAAGCUGGCUCUGAUGCUGAACCAGACAAACAAGUUGAGUAUCUUUCGGAGGACGACGAUACAGCCGAUUAUAAAGCAGAAGAUGUUGCUGCUCAACCGUUUUACUCAACGGCGGAUGGAGUUUCGUACCGUUCCGAAUCUUUCAUGGAGCUCAAUCUCUCUCGUCAAUUGCUUCGAGCUUGUGAGACUCUUGGAUACAAGAAACCUACCCCGAUUCAGUCAGCAUGUAUCCCUUUCGCACUUCAAGGGCGUGAUCUUUGUGCCAGUGCCAUUACUGGAUCAGGGAAGACUGCUGCAUUUGCUUUGCCUACUCUUGAGAGGUUGCUGUUCCGUCCCAAGCAUGGCAAUGCUACUAGAGUUCUUAUUCUUACCCCAACGAGGGAGUUGGCGGCCCAGAUUCACAGUAUGAUUGAGAAGCUUGCACAGUUUACUAAUAUCAGAUGUGGAUUGAUUGUUGGAGGGCUUGCUGUAAGGGACCAAGAAACUGUUCUUAGGUCUAGGCCAGAUAUUCUUGUGGCGACUCCUGGACGUAUGAUAGAUCAUCUGCGUAAUUCUAUGUCUUUCGAUUUGGAGCAACUAGCGGUUUUAAUUCUUGACGAGGCAGAUCGCCUUCUACAGACUGGGUUUGCCACUGAGAUUCAAGAGCUGGUUCGCUUAUGUCCCAAGACAAGGCAAACAAUGCUCUUCUCAGCUACAAUGACUGAAGAAGUUAAAGAGCUUGUCAAACUCUCCUUGAACAAACCAAUGCGUCUCGCAGCCGAUCCAUCAUCUAGAAGGCCUCCAGGCCUGACUGAGGAGGUGGUAAGAAUUCGCAGGACUCGUGAGGCAAAUCAGGAAGCUGUUCUUCUUUCACUGUGCACAAGAACUUUUAAAGAAAAAGUCAUCAUCUUUAGUGGAACAAAACAAGCUGCACAUAGACUGAAAAUUUUAUUCGGACUAGCUGGUCUAAAAGCAGCUGAGCUUCAUGGAAACCUAACUCAAUCACAACGUCUUGGUUCUCUGGAACUUUUCAGAAAGCAAGAGGUUGAUUUUCUCAUUGCUACUGAUGUGGCUGCUCGAGGGCUUGACAUCAUUGGUGUCGAAACAGUUAUAAACUAUGCAUGUCCUCGGGAAAUUGACAGUUACGUUCACAGAGUUGGUAGAACAGCUAGGGCUGGGAGGAAAGGUUUUGCUGUAACGUUUGUGACUGACAAUGACCGAUCUCUUUUGAAAGUCAUUGCAAAGAAAGUGGGUUCAAAGUUAAAGAGCCGAAUCGUCCCAGAGCAUUCAAUCGUCAAGUGGUCUCAGAUACUGGAUGAAAUGGAAGAUCAGUACUCUGCUGUUGUUCAAGAAGAGAGGGAAGAGCGAGCUCUAAGGAAAGUUGAAAUGGAAUUUGCAAAGGCUGAGAACAUGAUUGCGCACAGAGAUGAAAUAUAUGCUCGCCCUAAAAGGACUUGGUUCAUGACAGAGAAGGAGAAGAAGCUUGUGGCAAAAGCUGACAAGGAUUCUGCAGGGAACCCUUCUGGAAACGAACUAGUUAGUGCUGAUAAAGCAGAAGACCUCAAGAUGAAGGAGAAGAGAAAACGCGAACGAGAGAAGAAUCUUCCUAGGAAAAAACGUAGAAAGCUGGAAGCUGCCAGAGAGAUGCUAGAGGAAGACGAAGGAGAAGACGACGAGGAAGAAGAAGGAGAAGAAGACAAAAGACGAGGAAGAUCAAGAGGGAAGGACAAGAAGACGAAAGAGCCAGAGAAGAAAGGACUGACACUAGUGGAUCUUGGUUACCGUCGAGCAAAGGCCGUGAAAGCAAAACAGAGAGCAAUUGAUUCCGGUAGGAUGGAGAGACCAACGCCGAACAAGAAGCAGAACCUAAACCGGAGUAAACCAAGAAGCCAGCCUCGAGAUGAAGAGAUGAAAGAUCUGUUCAAGAGUGAUAUGAGCGAGAAGAAACAAGGCAGAGGCAGUGGUGGUGGAGCAAAACCUAAGGCCAAGUCGAAGAAUUCGUUCAAGAGCAAGGGCCGUUAUAAACGUAGGUAA